UGAAAAAGUUGGAAAAGUGGAAAUCCGAAUAUCCUGUAAUAGUAUAUCAAAAGAACUUAAUAUUGCACGAAUUGAGUCAAUCUCUUGCAUUAAAAAUUCUUUUCCAGAAGUGUUACCAGCACGUGGUAUCAGUUUAGAGCGGCAAUGGUACUUGUACGAAGAAAUACGGCAGCAUAUUCAGGACACAUCAAAACAAGAUACAUAUUGUUUGAAACCAACCCAACCCAAGCCAAAAAAGAAAGCAAAAAUCAUUGAAACUGACAAUUAA